AGAACAUUAACAAAAUCAGAAACCAAUGAGAUAAAGUGUGGCCAUCGCUCCUCCCAGCAUCUUACUCAGCGCGUGGACCGGCCUAUUACCGCACCAUUAGUCGCCAAUUAGUGCCUAUUAGCUGAGCACGGGCAUGGAGCGCUGCCCGGCGAGUAGCCGACGUUUCUGACCCCAAGAUGGACAUGUCCAGGACCAAGCCCGACAAGGACUCGCUCAAGUUCGGCAUCGACAGGCUGCUGGCCGACGAGCCCUUCAAAGACGGCAAAAGUGUCAGUGUGGCCAAGCCUUUAGCGACCGUGCCCGUGCCUUGUUCGGACUGUGUCACGUCGAUAUUCAGGUGCUGCAGACUGAGUCCUUCGGGACAGGACAGUGUGGGGGACUUCCUGGGGCAGCACCACCACGGGUUCGGGGCGGCGGGGAUUUACACGGUCCAGCCCAUCAGGCCCUUCGCGACGCGACCAGCUGUUCGGCUUCCGGUGCCGCCGCCGCCGCCCUCCACCUCCCCCGGCCUGGCGCUGAACCAGAGCAACAACAAGAGGAAGAGGUCGUGGUCGCGAGCCGUGUUCAGUAAUCUCCAGAGGAAGGGCCUGGAGAGGAGGUUUCAGCUACAAAAGUACAUAACGAAGCCGGAUAGGAGGCAGCUGGCAGCUACGCUGGGGUUGACGGACGCGCAGGUGAAGGUGUGGUUUCAGAACAGGAGAAUGAAGUGGAGACACUCGAAGGAGGCAGGAAAGGGUGGAGAAAAUAGUGCGGAUUCUACGCAGGAUCAGGACGUUCACAUAGACGUUGAUACCGUGACCGAAAAUGACUGACUGUUGUAUCGAAUUUUGUACAUAACGAUUAAAGUUUUAUUUGUAAA